AGAUAUCACAGGAAAAUUAAAAUAUCUUAUAAGUAGGUUACAACAAAAUAUUAUUGAGGCUAUAGAACUUCAUAUUGGUGAAUGUGUUGAACCGAAGGUUAUUAGUGACCCGCGUAAAACUAUAUCAGAUAUUAUUGCGAUUCCCGUUGCUAAUAUUAUAGUUGGUGAAGAAUGUUUCAUGCAUGAGGAUAUGUUAGAAACUUUUAAAAAUUUAACAUUUUCAAUUUUUACACUUUUUUUGAUACCACCAAUAUUAUCUUUUAUACAUCCCCGGCUUCAUCAACAAUUUGUCACAAUUCCUUUCAAAUUUGGUUGGAAUCCAAUUUCAAAACAUAAAAAAGUAAUCCUUAGUUAUAUUAAGCCGGUCAUCGAAAAACGCCUUUAUGAUAAAAGGAGAUUAGGAGAUGCUUGGGUUGCUCCAUUAGAUGCACUACAAUGCUACUUAGAUGAUCCCGAAAUAACACCCGAUCUCGAUCCAAAUAAUGUGAACUAUAAUUAUAUUGCCAAUGCGAUCUGUGUUUUUGUUGUUGCUGCAAUGGGAACUACAUCUAAUGGUGCUACUUGUGCUUUAUACGAAAGAAAACAACAAUAUUGGGAAGAGUUAUAUCAAGAAGCUCAGGAAAUUAAUAAACAAUGUAAUGGAAAUGAGCUUACAGUAGAUGAUAUUGCCAGAAUGGUGAAGUUGGAUAGUUUUGUUAAAGAAUCUUUAAGAUUAUCUAGUGGUUCAGUAGGUUUGCAACACAAAUGCCUUUCUAAAUCUUAUUAUACAUUUGCAAAUGGAUAUCAAAUUCCAAGUGGCCGCAUAGUCACUUUAAACAUUAGUGACACAAAUAAUAAUGAAGAACUUCAAGGUCAAAAUCCCACAGAAUUUUAUGCAUACC